AGAUCAGUCAGUGAUUUACAUUCAAACCUGAAAGUUAAGAUGGUUAAGUUCGGAAUAAUUGUCGCGUUUGCGAUAAUAGGAAUGGCAAUGGGCCAAGACCAGUGCGGUGUGUGUAUGAAGAAUAAAGCUUUAUGUCAAACGGAGACCAGUUAUCUGAUCUGCGUCGGUGGUAACACAUUUGGACCCUACGAUUGUGAAGCCGACGAGGUUUGCACCAAUUCCGAUGAUAUUUGCGUAACAAAGUCCGAAAUCACAAGCAAAAUUAAAAAUGUCUGCGGUGAUGGCAAUGGAGCUUGUCAGGCAUGCGCAGCCGGAAAAGUAUUCACCUGUGCAAGCAGAACUCAAGGCGCUCGUUGCGUCAGUGGUCAGAUGUCCACGUCCAUAAUCUUUGAUUGUAAAAAGGAUGAGAUUUGUAUCUCUGAAGCCGAAAGUCAAUACGGUACUGUUUGUGUGCCGAAAUGUGUCGCAGACUUUGGAAAACAUAAUUCAACCUGUUCGAAUGAUGUCUAUACUCCACCAACUUUGGCGCCACCAACAACACCGAGUCCAACUGAACAGCAAAGCAUUUGUGUCCAGGCAGCUGUCGGAAAGGUCACCAGAUUCUUCUAUGCCUACGCCGACUGGUCUUGCAGGAGCUAUGUCUACUGCGAGAGGAACAGUGUGAGCAAUCCCUUCUUCGAAACCACCUUCAGCGGCAGCUGCUCUUCACCUAAUCCCUAUUUCAAUACGGUCACUGGGAGAUGUCAGGCAAAAGUUGCGGAGAAUUGUCGAACUGAUGCCCCAACAACAACCGAAGGACCAACCGAACCCACUACCAAACCAACUACCGAACCCACUACCGAACCCACCACCGAACCCACCACCGAACCCACCACCGAACCCACCACCGAACCCACUACCGAACCUUCCACCACCGAAAAGGUCGAAUAGGCUUCAGAUUCUUUAAACCAUGGCAUCCCAAUCAGAAGAUGUCUAAUUACAUAUUAACUACUAUAUUAAAACAGCUGCAGUUAUAUUACAUAAAAAA